AUGUCGAAAAAUUUGGGUAUGUCGAAAGAUUUGGGUGUGUCGAAAGAUUUGGGUGUGUCGAAAAAUUCGGGUGUGUCGAAAAAUGGCCCCCGCGCCCCCCAGCGCCCCCCCCGUCCUGGCACCUUCUCCCCCUCCUGGGGCGCCCCCGGCCCGGCCUGUAGGCGUCUGAGGCCCGGUCAGGACCCUUCGGGGUCGAUAUAUAUCUUCGGUGGGGAGGGUGGUGGUGAGGACCCCAGGCAUCCCCCCCCUCUCUCCCAGGAUAUAUAUCCGUCCCCAUGGUCGGCCCCCGCUAUAUCUCGACCCUGCCGCCGCCCUGUGGCCCUGUCUGCCCCUCCCCGGCCACUGGCCAACGCCCGUGAUACGGACCGGGCGCCCGGGCACGCCGCGGCCCGGGGGGCGGCUUCCCCGUCUCGGGGCUCGCACCAACUGGUCAGUUUAGGGUGUGUCGAAAAUUUGGGUAUGUCGAAAACCCGCCCUGCGCCAACUGGCCAGUUUGGGUGUGUCGAAAACUUUGAACCCCGCCCCCAAGGGUCUACCGUCGACUGGCGAGUCUGCCUGGUCGCGCCGUCGUGGUUAGGCUCCUGCCGCCGUCCCUCGCCGUCGACUGGCGAGCGCCGCCGCCCGUCUGUCUGGGCUGGCUGGCCGGCGCCCACCACCCCACCGCCGCCGCGGCUGAGAGGACCGCAGCCGCGCGCCGAGGCCACCGGCACGAGCGAAGGGGGACGCCAGGACGCUCCCGCCGUCGGGCCUUCCGCUUGGCCCGGGGCAUCACGCCUGGUCAUCCCACUCCCCGCUCGCCCGCUACGCCUGGCCCGCCGCCGCAGUCAACCUCCCAGCCGGGCGCCGCUGGCCCGGUGGCUUCUCGCCUCACUAUAUACUCUCCGACCCCAUUUGGGUGGGGAAAUGCCCAGCAAGCCUUAA